AUGAGUGUUGGACGUCGAAGAAUAAAGCUGUUGGGUAUCCUGAUGAUGGCAAAUGUCUUCAUUUAUCUGAUUGUGGAAGUCUCCAAAAGCAGCAGCCAAGAAAAAAAUGGAAAGGGGGAAGUGAUCAUACCCAAAGAAAAGUUCUGGAAGGUCUCUAACCCUCCCCAGGCGUACUGGAACAGGGAACAAGAAAAGCUGAACAGGAGGUACAAUCCCAUCUUGAGCAUGUUGGCCAACCAGACGGGGGAGGCAUCCGGGCCCUCAAACAUAAGCCAUCUGAACUACUGUGAACCUGACCUGAGGGUGCCGGCGGCCGUGACGGAUUUUAACAACUUGCCGGACAGGUUUAAAGACUUUCUGCUGUAUCUGAGAUGUCGCAAUUACUCCCUGCUUAUCGAUCAGCCGGGAAAGUGUGCGAAGAAGCCCUUCUUACUGUUGGCCAUCAAGUCCCUCACGCCACACUUCGCCCGGAGGCAGGCGAUUCGGGAGUCGUGGGGCCGAGAGACCCGCGUGGGCAACCAGAGCGUGGUGCGCGUCUUCCUGCUGGGCCAGACCCCGCCGGAGGACAACCACCCCGACCUUUCCGACAUGGUGAAGUUCGAGAGCGAGAAGCACCAAGACAUCCUCCUGUGGAACUACAGAGACACCUUCUUCAACUUGUCCCUGAAGGAGGUGCUGUUCCUCCGCUGGGUGAGCACCUCCUGCCCGGACACCGAGUUCGUGUUCAAGGGCGACGACGACGUGUUCGUGAACACCCAUCACAUCCUCAAUUACUUGAACAGCUUAGCCAGGAACAAAGCCAAAGACUUGUUCAUCGGCGACGUGAUCCACAACGCGGGGCCUCACCGGGAUAAGAAACUCAAGUACUACAUCCCGGAAGUGGUGUACUCGGGGGUGUACCCGCCGUACGCGGGGGGCGGCGGCUUUCUCUACUCGGGCCGCCUGGCGCUGCGCCUGUACAACGUCACCGACCGCGUGCACCUCUACCCCAUCGACGACGUGUACACUGGGAUGUGCCUUCAGAAACUCGGCCUCGUGCCCGAGAAGCACAAAGGCUUCAGGACAUUCGACAUCGAGGAGAAAAACAAAAAUAACAUUUGUUCCUACGUAGACCUGAUGUUAGUGCAUAGCAGGAAACCUCAGGAGAUGAUCGAUAUCUGGUCCCAGUUGCAGAGCGCUCAUUUAAAAUGCUAACAUAGAUGCAAACUAGAUUUUGCAUAGAAAGGCAUAUGCUGAAGUGGUUCCCGGGUGUCCUGCUCCCCUGAGGGCGAUUCCCCUGUUAGCCGGCAGAAUCAUCUGGAGAAGUGGUUUCCCUUUGAAGGCCUCCAAACCCUCCCAGUUGGUACUUCGGUGAAGGGGGAAGCAAAAGACAAUGAUUUUUGACAGAGAAGGGCGCAGGACACCUGGCUUUGAUCCUUUCUGCUGGCAAGUUGCUGGUCACUUUUCUAGUUAUCCCCCUUCUCGUCAGAAAUCAUUAAGUUUCUAGAAUUUACCGCUUUAAGUUAUUUUUGGUUUGUCCUCCUGUAUGGAUAACAUUGCCCUUAUAAUACUGAUUUGUGUACAAUCCAGGUAUUUGUAAACAUAUUGGCAACAAAGACUCUGUUAUAUGUGAUUCAGUGGUUUUUGUAAAAUGGAAUUAUGUUUAAUUUCAUGUAAUUUGGUUGAGUUUUAAAAAUUGUCCAGAAAAUUGACUUUUGUCAAACUUUUCUACCACCCAACAGUAUUUUCUUGUGUUAAUAUAAUUAGUUCAUUUUGCAAAAAUAAGAAUCACUGUGUGACCCUCAUCCAGUUUAUCUUGUCGUCCUAUGGUCAUAACAAGAGAGAGACAGUGUGUAAGUUUAAUUUCUUCUUGUAUUUGGUUUGCUGGGUGGUAUCGUAAUAGUUACCUACUUUUAGUAUUUGAAAAUGAUGAGUAUGAUUCCAGAAUAGCCAGCUCAAGAAGAGAUUGCCCCUAACAGCCAUAUUGGGUUUGUGAAUUUUCAGUGUGGACCAGAAAUGCAUAGAAGUAACCAUUGAACCUGAAGUGAAAAGAUUGAAGUUGCAGACCUUUUUCAUCACUGAGUUGUCAGCUUAAGACUCCAGGAUUCUAUCCUUGCCAUAUUUUCACAAGUUGCUUAUACAGAAUCCUUACUCUGAGUAGUGAUGGCCUCCCUGUCUCAGUGUAGAAGUGCCUGUGUUUUUAUUUAUUGCUCAGAUCAAAGACCAAAACAUUUUCUUAAAUAUAUUUUGUGUAAUAUUUUAUUUGUAUACAGUGUUGUUGAUGAGAUAUUUAACUAGAGCAUGAUAUUUUAAAUGUUAAAGUGUAAAAUAUGUUAAAUAAAGCUAACUGUUAUUUUUGGAUUUUAAGAUUGUUUUUUGGGGGUGUGAACUAUUAGAGUUGAUAAAAUUCUGCCAAACUAUUGCUUAUAUGUACUAUCUUGUAACAUGCUUUCUUGAACUAUUUUUGUGUUUAUAGAGAUGAGGUUCUUAUCAGAUGCGAGAGUGGGGACUGUACAAAAGUGGAAAUAAAGUUGAUGUAUUUUUAAUUAGCACCUGUAAUGUGUAGUCAUCUCUGAUCCCUUUUUGUAUCUGAUUACGUUUUCCCUGAAGAG